GCCAGGGAGAUGGCAGUGCAGAGCUUCUCUGACGUCUCUACCUCUGAGGACUUGUGUGAGCUCUCCUUACCUGAGCUGAUGGGUUACCUGGAGGAUGACUGGCUCUGUGCCGAGGAGGAGCAGGUGUUCGAGACGUUGCUGGCGUGGAUCCACCACGACCCGUUCUCCCGGCGCGGCGCCAUCUCCGACCUCUUCAGGAAGGUGCGUCUGCGUUACAUCCAUCCCACCUACUUGUUCCAGUUCAUCGCCAGCGACCCCCUCGUCCAGUCCUCCGCCCUGUGCACCGAGGUCAUCGAGUCCGUCCGACGCCUCAUGUUCUCCAUUACUACUAAGUGUGGGUCGGACCUCAAGCCCCUGUGGGUGACCCCGCGGCGUUUCACCUGCCGGGAGACCCUGGUUCUAGUUGGCGGCCGCAAGAACAACGAGCAGACGUCCCGCGAAGCACUCCUGUUCGACGAGAGGACUCAGCGCUGGCAGUGGCUGGCCAAGCUGCCCUUGCGACUCUAUAAGGCCUCCUAUGUCUGUAUCCACAGUAUCCUGUAUGUUCUGGGAGGCCUCACCAUGAACACUAAGCACAGAGUGGUUAGCACCACUGUCUAUACGUUGUCUCUGAAGAGCAACCAGUGGAGGACGGCUGAGCCUAUGAUCCAGCCUCGCUUCGCCCACCAGUCCGUCUCCUACCUGCACUUUAUCUUCGUCCUGGGGGGCCUGGGUCCGGAGAAGCAGGUGUGUGACACUGUGGAAAGGUACAAUAGUAUGUUCAACCAAUGGGAGGCUAUGGUUCCCAUGCCGACGGCUGUGCUACACCCGGCGGUUGCCGCUAACGAUCAAAGAAUCUACAUGUUCGGGGGAGAGGACGCGAUGCAGAACCCUGUCAGAAUGAUACAGGUGUAUCACAUUGGCAGGAAUAUGUGGUCUACGAUGGAGACCAGGACAGUGAAGAACGUUUCUGCACCAGCAGCUGUCAUCGAUGACAAGAUCUACAUUAUCGGAGGCUACACCAGAAGAAUGAUAGCGUACGACACCAAAGCCAACCGCUUUAUGAAGUGUGAGAACCUGAAACAGAGGAGGAUGCAUCACGCCGUCACGGUGCUCGACGCCAAACUGUACGUGACCGGAGGACGCUUCAUCAACGGACAUGACGUCGUAGAGGACUCCGACAGCUUCGAGUGCUACGACCCGAGGACUGACGCGUGGACGACUAAGGGGACGUUGCCGUACAAGCUGUUUGACCACGGUUCUCUGUCCCUGGUGUGUGUCUCCAACACAUCCAAGCCUCCCUGAGUGUGUGUUGUGGGUGUGGGUGUGGGUGUGGGUGUGGGUGUGUGUGUGUGUGUGUG